AGACUGUGUUUACUCAUAGUUACAAAAAAACCGAUAAAAAGUCGACAGAUUUUUGACUAGUCUUUUAAAAAAUAGUAUUUAUUUAAUAUAUGUCACGUGUAGUGUUGGCAAUAAAAUUAUUUCUAAUUUGUUAUGAAAACCAAUUGUAUAGUAUUAUUAACAUAUCAUUAAUUAAAGUCAAAAUUAUGACAAAACAAUAUAGCAAUAAAAGUGGACAAUUGGUUAUUGAAUUAAGACAACGAUUUCUUGAGGAAUACGAUAAUAAUAGAGAUUUAUAUAAUGAUGAAGACGUGGACACAAUUCGGACAAACGACUGGUAUGUCAAACGAUUUUUAUUAGCGCGCCGUCGGGAUGUCGACCAAGCGUUUCACAUGAUUAGAGAUACUAUGAGAUGGAGACAACAGUUUGGUUUAUCAGACAUGAAGGACACCGACUUUCCCGCAGAGUUUUAUAAAGUCGGCGGACUUUUCUCAUAUGAGAAAGACUUGGAGGGAAAUGUUGUCAUUUAUUUACGAAUACGAAUGCAUCGGAAGAUACCGGAAAUGGCGGAACCAAUUAAAAAGUUUUUAAUGUUUAUUGUUAACAAAGUUGAUAAAGAAGUUGAUGGUAAUGGUAUGGCCAUUGUGUUUGACUGUUCGGGUGCCGGCUAUUCCAAUAUGGAUAUGGAUUUCUUGUCAUUUUUGAUAACCGCCGGUAACUCGUAUUUUCCCGUUGGACUCAAAUAUAUUCUCGUUUACGAACUUUCGUGGCUUUUAAAUGCUUUCCGCAAAAUUGCAAUGUCUUUAAUACCGCAAACAUUUUUACCACUUAUUAAAUUUGCCGAUAAAUCUAAUGUAAAACAAUAUAUAACUACUGAAGCAUUGCCUGAUUUUAUGGGCGGAACCUGUAAACGAAAUUACAGAUAUGUACCAAAUGGAUGUACAACUGUUGCCAAACUGGCCAUUGAAAAUGGUUUCACUCAGACAGAUAUUGACCGCAUUUUGCCAUUUUAUGAACCACUUCUUGAAGAAGCUGACAAAGCAUUACAAAACAAUCAUUAUAUCAACAAAAUAAAUGACAAAAAUGAUAUUGAAUUAAACGAAAUUAAUGAAACUAAAGAUAUAAUAAAAGAUAGCAUUGUUUGUCAAAAUAAAACGAUUCAAAAGUCAACUAUAAUGGGAAUAUUUCCUAACGAUUUCAUACAAUUAAUAUAUAGCUCACACUCGGAGUCGUAUGAAUCCAAUGUUUUACUGCAAAAUUUGUCGGACACUCCGAUUGCAUAUAAAAUUCAAUGCAAUAACGCCAACAAUUACAUAGUGUAUCCCCGUUUGGGUGUCAUCAUGAGUGGCGCCAAUGUCCGCUGUAAUAUCCAAUUGAUGUCCGAACAAAGUUACCGAAAACACGACAAGUUUCUUAUUGUAUCGGUUCCGGUCAAUGAUCAUAAACUUACUGUCAAUCAAUUUGCCAAAUUAUGGACUGAAAACGAUACUAAAACUAAUAUAUAUUCUCAUAAAUUGUUGACAACAUUAAGUGAAUUUGUUAAUGAAAAUAAUAGCAAUGUAUUGAUGGGAAAAAAGAUGGCUGAAAGUGAUCUAAAUGAAGAAGUGGUAACAUUGCGAUCGUUGUGUCAACAGUUGGAAAGACGCCAAACACAGCUAUCACUCCUCCUCUAUGUCUUACUAAUAGCAAUGUCUAUACUCUUGAUUUUGGUCUUAUAUAGCCAUUCAUACACUGAAUUCCUAUCACUUGAAAGUCUAACUAUACGUAAGUUUGCGCCCAAAGUGUUUGUCACCAAUGAGUGAAUUUUAUAUUUAUUUAAACAAAACUUUACUUUAUUUGUUUAUAACUAUUAAAUUG